AAUUACGAAAUUAUUGUUGACACGUGUAGACACAAAAUACAACACACAAGUUACAACAGAUUAUUACCCGCAUUAAGGUAAAAAUAAGAUAAGCUAUUUAUCUAAAUUGUAAUUUUGUAUUGCACUGUUGAGUUGAGUCGUUACUUUAUCGUUUAGUAUCGCGUAUAGCCUCGUCGUAAAACGUUUUCGAGUGAUUUUCGCAGAUGUAUUUAGUUUAGUUUUGUUUAUUCCACGAAGUUUUUGAAAAUGCCUAAGGCCAAACCUUCAGAUGUUUCUCGUUUGCGGUCCUACGUUCAACAAUAUGGGGAAGAAAUUUUUUCUACCGAUGGAAGCGUUCUAUUUUGUAAGAUUUGUGAGGUCAGAGUGGCAGCCGAAAAAAAAUUUACUGUGACACAACAUGUGAGUAGAGAUAAACAUUUACGUGCACUAGAAAUUCAAAAAAAUAGAAAAAGUGCAGUUGUUCAGACAUUAUUUAAUACCAUUCCAAAAAAUAAUGCAUUUACUACAGAUCUUUGUACUGCAAUGGUAUCUGCUAACAUUCCUCUUUUUAAACUGAAAAAUGAAAAUUUCCGCAAUUUCCUUUCAAAGUAUACUGGCCAACAUAUUCCAGACGAAUCCACAAUUCGAAAGAACUAUGUAGGCAAUACUUACAAUCAUACAAUUAAUUCUAUUAGAACUUACUUGGAGAAUAAAAAAUUGUGGGUGAGUAUAGAUGAGACUACAGACGUAGAUGGCCGAUAUGUCGCCAAUGUCAUAAUCGGCACUUUAGAAAUUGGAUGUCCCGGUAAAACUUUUUUAUUUAAUUGCGAAGUUUUAGAAAAAGCAAAUAAUAGUACAAUAGCUAAAUUAUUUGAUAAAUCUAUGAGCUUGUUGUGGCCAGAGGGUAUUAAACACGAUAAUGUACUACUAUUUCUCAGUGAUGCAGCACCUUAUAUGGUGAAGGCAGGAAAAAAUAUUAAAGCGUUUUACUCAAAAAUGGAACACGUUACAUGUUUGGCACAUUCCCUACACAGAGUAGCUGAAGAAAUACGUAAACAAUUUCCCGAAAUUGAUGCUUUUAUUUCGAACGUAAAAAAGAUUUUUUUGAAAUGCCCAUCUCGAAUAUUAAAAUUCAAAGAAAUGGCGCCAGGGAUACCAAUGCCCCCUCAACCAAUACUUACUAGGUGGGGUACAUGGUUAUCGGCAGCCAUAUACUAUUGUGAAAAUUAUCAAUUGAUUAAAUCUGUUGUGAUGGGGUUUGAUAAAGAAGAUGCUGUAGCAAUUGAGAAUGCACAAAAACUGUUAAAUGAUAAUAAUUUGGAACUAAACUUGACAUUUAUCAAAGCAAAUUAUGGAAAUUUAGCAAAAUACAUUACUACAUUGGAAACAUCUGGAUUAUCGUUGGCUGACGCAAUUAAUAUUAUUGCUCAAGUACAAAAUGAAAUCGGAACAGACAACAGUAGUAUCGGAAAAUCCAUUAAAAAAAAACUAGAAGUUGUAAUUGAAAAAAAUUCGGGAUUCAAAACAAUGAAACAUAUUUCAAAUAUUUUGGAAGGAAAAGCAACAUCUCGAAAUAAUACAAUACCUGAAGAACUAACUGCUGAUGACAUGGCUCAUUUGAAGUUUGCACCUAUGACGUCAGUUGACGUGGAACGAAGUUUCUCGAGAUACAAAACAACACUCGCCGAUAACCGUCGAAGAUUUCUGUUCGAGAAUAUUAAGCAGCACUUAUACAGUGCUAUGAAACAAAAGAUAAAAGGAAGAAGAAUGAAGAAGAAGAUGGACAAGAAGAUAAUUGAUUUUUAUUAG